ACUGCUGCUAUGUGUGCUAGGGCAUGUAGCAACAAAUAGAAUAUCGAUUCAAUUGAUCAAAAUAAAAGGUGUCACUCAGGUAUUAGUUAUCCCGUAGCGUGAAUUUUUCGCUUAAUCCGAAUCAAAAGUGCUUACAACUCUAAAUUGAAAAUGGCUGAAGGGACAUACGAAUAUGAAUGUAUGAGAGCGGAAUUGUUAGGCAUAGAGAAGCCCAAUGAGGAGGAGUUCGAGAAGGCGCGCACAGAGCGCUUGAGACUUGAGCAGGAGGAAAAAGACGCCGCCGAGGCUGCGCUUCUAGAACAACAGGAGGAUCAAAUGCAAAAUGUAGGUGGUCGUUUAGAUGAAUUGAAUACGAUACUUUCAUCUACGCAACAAAAAUUAAAUCGAUUCAAACAGACUGCUUGUGGCAGCCUGUCGAAUAUAUUCAGUCGAGGUUCAGUAGAUUUAGCAGAUGGUACACCUUCUACCUCGGCGACAGCCAGUCGACGCAACACUACCGCAACUGGUAGCACUGUUAGUGGUCAUAAUAAUGGAAAGAUUGUCUCGGAAAUAAAUAGUGCUUCACAAGAUCUUGAUGAUAUGAAACAAGAAGAAGAUGCAGGAGACAUAAAGCCCAUUAUACCGACAGAAAGAAUUAGGGAAGCCAAAAUAGAUAUGCAGAAAAAGAUGACCUCACAUUUAGACAAAUUAGAUGCAUUAAUUAAUAAGGCCGAUAAUGCAGAAAUUUCAAUGUCAGAACAAACAAAGCAAAUGCGACGUAUGGCAAAGUAAAGUGGAGUAGGCAGUGACAAAAUGUGAGAUUAGUAGGUUACUGAUGGCUAGGAAUUACUUGUUAAUUAAAUAAUACUCCUAAAAUGUAAUAAGUGUUAUAAAGUAGAUUAUUAUAAAAAAUUUUAAAUUCAUGAAUCAACUGAAUUAAGUCCGUUAAUUAAAUGAACCCAGUAUUCUACAGAUUUAAUUACAAUUUAUUAUGAAAAUUGAGAUACAUACCAUACGUUACUAUUAAGAGUUAGUUCAGUAUGAUUUGUUGAUUUAAGAAGACGUCUAAUAAAGCACAUACGUAAACAGCAAAUACUGUGAAUGAAAAAUCCCAAAGAUGAGGCCUCUAAGCCUUAAGAAAUGUUCACUCUCGCCUCCUGCUUUCUACCAAAACAUAUAAAAAUAAUUGUUUUUGUAGUACGUCUAACAAAUCUAAAACAAAAA